AGACUAAGCGCAAACACAGGACUUUGGCAUGUUAUACAAAGAUGAGGAUGUCAAUGAAUCAUACACCAUGUUACUGUCUUUUGACAUCACAACCACUCUCUUACCUCCUUAACCAAAACCCACCACCUCCUCCUUUCUCUGUCCAAUUACGCACCUCCACCUGGCUAGUUAUCCUACUCGUACUAUUAAUCCACCAAAAAUCCAAUCUUUAAGUCGAUACCCUCCUCUAUCUUUCUCGUUGGUUGUUUUUAGAAGGCGAUUCAAGGGUUUUCAGGCCUUUUGGCCGCGACCCAGAUAGAUAAGAUCGGAACUAGGCUUCUGCUUUGUCCUGUUUAUGGAGGGUUUUGGGUUUAGUGAUUCAAACAGUGCUGUUAGGAAGAAGAGGAGUAAUACAUCCCGUCGUCCACGGAAUGACUCACACACACCUUCCGAUUACAUUGAUGUUUCAUCUUUAUCAUCCACACCACCUUCAGAAACUAAUAUGAUGAAGAAUGAAGAUGGAGGAUUGGGAGAAUCUGAUGAAGCUUCCAACAAUUGUUCUUUUCGAGGAAGUAACGAGCAGAGGCACAGUGGAGUCGAUUCUAGAAGGUCCAGCGAAGGUGUCCUUGCUCCAGCUAAUUGGAAAAGCACAACUAGCUCGGGGCAUGUUGGAGGUUUUUCAGAUGGAGUAGGAAAUGAGAGUAAAGUGAAAGUGAAGCUUAAAGUUGGUGGUAUCACACGAACUAUUAAUGCAAAGUCCGCAUCUGAUGGUGCAUCUGCUGUUGGGUCAUCAUCUUCAAAAUCUUCUCGCUUCCCAGAUCCCCGGCAGAAGUUAAUUGAGGAGAAUUUGGAUGACAACCAUUCCUUUACUUCAGGUAAGGGAAGUGGUUUACGAGGAGUCCCGUGGAAGGAUUUCUCCAGAAGUGGUCUAAAUGUUAGGAAAACAGAUGGUCUGAGAGGUGAGAAUCUGUCUUCAAAGCAAACUGAUCAGUACGAGCCAGUUCGUAAAAGUAAGCGGGUUCCCAAGAAACGGCUAUUAGAUGGAGUGCUGGAUGAUGGAGGAGAGGAUGAUGAUGAGAUUCGCUACCUUGAAAAAGUCAAGACUUUGAAGGUCAGCACUGAUUAUGGUGCAGAGUUUGAAGAUGAAGAGGGAGGAAGCAGGAAACAGCGGAAGAUAUUGAGAGUAUUGAAGAGAAAUGUUGAUGGUCUAUAUGAUGUAGAUGCUGGAGAUCAUGGAUCAACUAGAUUUGGCAAGGAGGGUAAGAAAUCUAAAUCAGGGAGAGUAUCUGAAGAUACUGAUUAUGUGGAAGAGGAAGAAUUGGGGUCAGAUGGUGACCCUACAUCUAAGAAUAAGAAGCCAAGAAAAGAGUUUGCUGAUCUAUCAGUGGACUCCAAGAAGGAAAUGACAGUCACGACACGUCAACGAGCACUUCAAACUGGCAAAGAUGCCUCCUCUGGUUUUCCUAGUUUAAUAGAGUUCCCAAAUGGGUUACCUCCAGCUCCUCCUAAAAAGCAAAAAGAGAAACUCACUGAAGUGGAACAGCAGUUGAAGAGAGCUGAGGCUCUUCAAAGACGCAGGAUGCAACUUGAAAAGGCAAAUAGGGAAUCUGAGGCUGAAGCAAUCAGAAAAAUACUGGGCCAAGAUUCCACUAGGAAGAAACGAGAAGAUAAACUGAAGAAACGGCAAGAAGAAAUGGCACAGGAGAAAGCAGCAAAUGCUAUGGUACUUGCAUCAGACCAUGUUAGGUGGGUCAUGGGUCCGUCUGGAACAACUGUAACAUUCCCCGAUGAAAUGGGCUUGCCUAGUAUAUUUGACUCCAAGCCUUGCAGUUACCCUCCUCCCCGGGAGAAAUGUGCUGCUCCAUCGUGUACAAAUCCAUACAAGUACCGAGAUUCGGAGUCAAAACUACCCCUUUGUAGUCUCCAAUGCUACAAGGCAAUUCAUGAAAAGGUGCAACCUCUUACUGCCUGUUAAGAUCAAGGUCCACCUGCACGAACCUACGAGUCCGGGUCUCCACGAACUUAGGAAGCACUAGCAUUCCAGCUCCAUUAUCUGUAAUCUCGAAUAAGAGCUGGGGUGGAAGGCUUAUGUAAAGCAACUAUCGCCACCAAGCGGAUGGGAGCAUGGAGAAAUUGCUGCUAUAGUCACAUAUAAUUGUUACAUUUUAGAAUUGUUCCUUUUAAAUUAUCAUUUCAUCUUGUAGAUGGAAAUGUGUUGUGGGUUUCAGGAGGAGGAUUCAAAUUGGGUCCCUGUUAUAUCCAUCGUCCUUUCAUUCAUAGCCUUGAGUUCCCACUACCCCUUCUAAGAUAAGAGAAGCUAUAGCAAGAUGAUUUUAGCAUCCGUGGAAUUGUUUGACGUAUCUUGGAGAGCUCGUUCUUGUAUAUAUAAAAGAAAAAAACUUAAUUAUGAAAAUAAAUGCU